AUGGACUUCGUGUGGGCUGGCAUUGCAACCAUCAAAUCCCGAAGUGAAUAUGGCUGGAUUGGCCUUGGCGCAACGACCAUCUACUUGACCUAUUGUGCAAUCUGGCGUUUGUAUCUUUCACCGAUAGCCCAUAUCCCUGGGCCAAAAUUGGCAGCACUCACGCACUUAUAUGAGAUGUACUACAAUAACUGGCUUGGUGGCAAGUACAUCUGGAAGAUCCAAGAGUUGCACGAUCAGUACGGCCCAAUAAUUCGAAUCUCACCCUCCGAUUUACACGUUGGGGACCCAGAAUUUUAUGACAUUCUCUACCCAAGCGCUACGAGCGGAAGACGGGCCAACAAGCCGCCUAGCUUAACCAAGUUCUUCGGCCUAGACGACUCGCUAUUUUCCACCAUGGACCAUGACAUUCACAGAAAACGCCGCGCGGCUCUUCUGCCAUAUUUUAGCCCCACGUACGCAAGACGCCUUCAGCCGAUAUUCCAAGAGAGGCUCAAUGUCAUGUUGGAAAGACUGGUUUCUUUCAAAGACACGGACGUAGCGGUCAAUGCCAACUGCAUGUUCGCGGCGUUUAGUCGAGACAUAAUGGAAAACCUUGCUUUUGGACAAUGUACUCAUAGACUUGAGCACCCCAGCUUUGACCCCUCAGAGCGCGAUGCUUCGUUGUCUGGCGCGCAAUCUUUCCAUAUCAUGAAGCGAGUCCCCUGGCUCAACGAUAUCAUGAUGUCCCUACCAGAGACAUUGGCACGGCGUGUUAGCCCAUCGCUCGGGUCUUACAUGCGUCAGAAACACGAAACACGUAAGCUCGUAGUCCAGCUCUCAACUACAUCUGACGACGAGUGGAACGGAAAGGAGAUGCCCAUUUUCCGAGGGGUGUUGAACUCUCCCAAGUUGCCACCCCAGGAAAAAACCGUCGAGCGCGUGUCUCAGGAUGCACAGAUGUUGCUCAUGGCGGGCACGCUCACCAUGGCAUCCAACUUGGAGCAUUCAAUCUAUUGGGUUGUUGACAAUCCGGACGUGCUGCGCAAGCUAAAGGAAGAAUUAAAAACCGCAAUGCCCACGAUUGACGAUGUUCCAAAUGUCCGGCUCUCAUCCUUGGAGGGCCUCGAUUACCUCACAGCCGUUGUCAAAGAGAGCGUUCGACUGAUUUACGGGAACUCUACUCCGCACUUUCGCUAUGAUCCUGACGGACCUUUGGUGUAUAAAGAAGAGGGGACAGAGAAGAGCUGGGUGAUUCCUGCGAACACGCCGGUGGGAAUGACAAGUGUCCUGCUACAUCAUAACGAACUUCAUUUCCCCAACAGUAACAAAUUUGACCCUGAACGCUGGCUGGGAGAGCCAGGGAAGAAGCUGGAUAAAUACAUGGUUGGGUUUGGCAAGGGUAGUCGUGUCUGCUUAGGCAUGCCUCAUGGAUACGCUAUUCUUCGCUUGGUUAUAGCUCAGAUCUGGAGGCUGUGGGCUACAGAUGAGGUGGCACUUGGAGACGAAUUGGGGGUUAUUAGAUUAUACAACACAACCCCUCUGGAUGUGAAAAUGGUGGGCGACUUUUUCGUGGGCAAAUACAAUAAAGCUCAGGGCGUUGAGUUCAAAGUUAGUAGCCUGUAG